CAAAAGUCCUUCAAGCCUCAAGGCGAUCGAAGAAAGGAUCCCAAUCAUCACUCUUAUCACUAUGCCUACCACUCGGCAAGUACUUACAAUCGGUAGUCUUUCUGUCCUCACCGCUGGGAUCUCUUAUUGCUUUUAUUUCGAUUAUAAACGUCGAAAUGAUCCAGCUUUCCGUAAAAAGCUAUUGAAAGAACAACGAAAGCUAUCAAAACAAAAGCAAACAUCUAACAAGAAUGCAAGUCGAGAAGCUGAAGAGAUGUUAGCAGCUGCUGUAGCUGCUGUUAAUGCUGAACCUCUUCCAACGACUAUCGAAGGGAAAGAGAACUAUUUCAUGGAACAAGUCGGAAUGGGUGAGAUGUUGGCUGGAAGGCUUCCUCAAGGCGCUGUACCAGCUGCCAUUUCAUUUUUCAAAGCUUAUAAAGUAUACCCUUCUCCUCAAGAGCUCAUGAUGAUCUAUCAACGUACUAUGCCCCCUGAAGUAUUUGGCAUCGUGGUUGAGAUGAUCAAAUUGGAUGUCAAUCAAACCAUCCGCUCAUCGCAGGCCUCUUCAUCUGGCGCCUCUCGCCGUAGCGCUCCUUCCGGCGAAGCCCUGAUUGAAGAGAUCACUGGAGAGGAAGCUGCGGCCUCUAAGCCAGCCAGUCAAACCAGCUCUAACAAGCCCGAUUCCAAGAUCUCUACUAACACCGUUUCCGACAAGCCAACUUCGACAGAGCAAUCAUCCUCUGAGAAACCAGAAGUGCCACAAAACCCACCAUCGACGCUCUCAGCUCCUGCAUCCGAAGCCGCCUCGUUUAAAUCCGCAGGAGAGCAACCUCAGCCAAGGAGUGAGAGUCCGAAAUCUGCCCCACUCUCAGAACACGGUAGUGGAGCUGGUGAAAGUCAAACAGCAAACAGUUAUAUCUUAGUUGAUGAUUCCACCCCUGUUGAACCAGUUGCACCAGUCGAAAAAUCUACUGGAAACGAAGAAUGGGUAGAUGAUCAUGAUGAGAAAGUCGAACCUUCUUCCGAAGAAGAUCCUAAAGUCGAAGAAUUGACACCGGCUACCAUCGAACCAGCACAAUCAAUCGAGACAGCGGUUGAAGAGGAGAACUCUGCAUCUUCUGACUCACCUGAAGUAACUCAAUUAGAUGAAACCAAAGAAACUAGCGAGGAAGCUUUGGCCUAGGUUGUAGACUUUGUUGAUGGCAAGUGUAGCUCGAAAAGUAAAUAGAGGAUGAUACUUUAUGGAAGACUAGUUAAGGAAAACAUACCAAGCCUAAUGACUUUAGUAUUACAUAUCUUAGGAUGGCGUAAAUAUUAGAUAUGUUGAUGUGUUCUUUAUAAUAAUCACCUUUCAUUUUAAUCAAAAAAGUUUUGGCCUUUCAUGUUUUGUUUUGGUAUUUGACCAGAACAUCAUGUUGAUUCUUUUUCCUGAUAGCGUCUGUCUGUAACGAUUGGGGCUUGCCGCUCGACAUGAUACUG